AUGACAGUCUGUAACUUUCUUCUCGUUUCUCUCCAUUUUUCUUUUCGCAAAUCCAAAAAUCAGAAUCUCUCUCGCCGAGAAAAAAUGCUCGCUGUUUUCGAGAAGACGGUGGCGAAUAGCCCUGAGGAACUACAGAGUCCACACUCGACUGUUCCGUCUUACGCUUUGAAAGAAGGAUAUCUAGCGAGUCAAUUCGCUUCCAAACAUACAAACUCCGUCACGCUUAACCUCGGAUCAUCGGGACUGCUCGCUUACUCUCUCGAUAACCGUGAUCCGCUUGUUCCGAGAUUAUUUGCGGUUGUGGAUGACAUCUUCUGCAUCUUCCAAGGUCACAUUGAGAACCUUCCGUUUCUGAGACAACAGUAUGGGCUGAGCAAAAUCACAAACGAGGCCAUCAUGGACGCCGAUGGAAGUGUGCCCUUCUUCUGGGGAAAUGAUGCUGAAGGACACCUUGUUCUUUCUGAUGACACAUCGUUGUUGAAGAAAGGCUGCUCCAAAUCUUUUAGUCCUUUCCCUAAAGGUUGUUUCUUUACAUCAUCGGGAGGAUUAAGGAGCUUCGAGCACCCGAAGAACGAGCUAAAGCCAGUGCCGAGGGUUGAUAGCUCAGGAGAUGUGUGUGGUGCGACCUUUAAGGUUGAUGCUGAGGCUAAGAGAGAUGGAACCAAAAUGCCAAGAGUCGACAGCUCUCACAACUGGGCCGGUCAUAUCUAAACCGGGAAAUGAUUACAGAAAGCACAAAAGCUCUCAAGCAUCUUCUUGUCCCUUCCUUCUGUGUUUCGUUACUUGUUUGAGUUACAUUGAGACUAUAAUGUAGUUUCACACCACAAUGUUCUCUAUAUCUCUCUCUUCUCUCUAUUGCGUUUCUUUGCACAUGUUUAAGGUUUGGGCUUUGGGAAGGAGGUUGAGUUUUGUGGAACUUUAUAAACAUGAGACGAGACUUUUGUUUCGUUUAAUAUAAUGAAAAUUUUUCCCAUUGACUUACCAAUGUUGUUUUCUUUGUUUGCGACUCUGCAUUUCUCAAAUCCAUAAUACAAUAAAAUAAAAAGCUUUUGUUUCGGCAA